CGAUAUAUUUUCGUCAUUCGCUUGAGUCACGCGGUUGAGUGUUAAUUGACGAUACAAGUAACUUCAUUUUGAUAUUUUAAAAUAUUCUUGAAAUAAAAAAUCAAAUUCGAUCAACAAUAAUAGAAUUAAAAAUAUUUAGUGAAUAUAUUAAACAUCAAAAUAAUAAACGUCAUGGCUCAUUUACUAUUUCAAGUCUCCAAAAAUGGUUUACGUUCUAUUACAAACGUCUGUGUAAAAGAACGUCUACGCUUGCAAUUGAAGAUAGCUGAGCUUGGAUAUUCAAGAACAAUAAAAACGACAUCUAUCCUUACGGCGGAAAAACGAUUUACGAAUAGUCAUGAAUGGAUAGAAGUUAAUGAUAAAGUUGCUACAGUUGGAAUAUCAGACUAUGCUCAAGAUGCACUUGGUGAUGUUGUUUAUGUUCAAUUACCUCAGGUUGGAUUAGAUGUAAAGAAAAACGAGGAAGUUGGAGCUUUAGAAUCUGUAAAAGCAGUUUCAGAAAUAAUGAGUCCAAUAUCUGGAAAAGUAAUUGCAAAAAAUGAAACAGUUGAAAAUAAACCAGGAUUAAUCAACACAUCUCCUUAUAAAGAAGGAUGGUUAUUUAAAGUUGAAAUGGCUAAUGUAUCGGAAAUUAACACGUUGAUGGACGAAAAAUCUUAUGAAGAAUUUUUAAAAACAGAUGCACAUUAAGUUUCAAUUAAAAUUACUUGUUAUACAAUUAACUAGAAAUUAAUUAUAUUUAAUUUAUGGAAAUUUGUAAUUAUAAUGC